GAUGUUAGAGCCUCUAUGUUUAUAGAAGGUGGUAAUUUAGGAUGCACACAGCUUGGUAGAAUAGAAUAUGCUAAUAAAGGUGGACAUAUUAACGCAGAUUUUGUUGAUAAUUCAGCUGGCGUUAUAUGUUCUGACUUAGAAGUAAAUAUCAAAAUUGCACUUGUUUCAGUUAUAAAAGAAAAAGGUAUUCCUUUAGAAGGAAGAAAUGAUAUGUUGAGUAGUAUGGUAGAUGAAGUUGCGUUUAAAGUUUUGAACGACCAUAAUAAAAUUGAGACAAAGGCAUUACUUCUUGAGGUAAUGCAGGCAAAAGACCACUUAGAACAACAUCACAGACUGCUUAUCAGUCUUGAAAAAUCUGGGCUUUUAAAUAGAAGUAUAGAAUUUCUUCCAACUGACGAAGAGAUGGCUAAAAUGUUAUUAGGGUUGGAUCCUCCUCAACUUUCUGUAUUAAUGUCUUAUGCUAGAACAAAUAUAAAAAAUGAAAUUAUAAAUUCUAACCUUCCUGAAAAGGACUUUCUCUCUCACAACUAUCUAUUAAAUUAUUUUCCCAAGAGAAUAGUAAGUGAAUUCAAGGAAUAUAUCUUUAAGCACCAACUUCGUAGAGAAAUUAUUUCUACCUGUAUUGCUAAUGAUGUUGUAAAUAGGAUGGGGUGUAUAUUCAUUAAUAACUUAGUUGAAAAUACUGGCAUCAAAGUGCAUGAAGCAACUAGUAUAUAUGUUGUAGUAAGCUACCUGUAUAAUUUAGACGCAUUUUGGAAAGAAGUUGACAAACUAGAUGGAGUUGUGGAAGUUGAUACGUAUUUAGCAGUAGUAAGAAAUAUACAAAAAUUUGUAGGUAGAGUUUCAUUUUGGUUGGUAAAAAAUUUUGGCAAGUUUGGUUUUGCUGAGUUAACAGAAAUUAUGAAAUUUCGUGAUACUAUUAAAACUUUAGAUAAAAAUCUAGUUGAUAUUUUAGAUGAGCGUUUAUUGAAGGUUUAUAAUCAUGAUUUAUUAAAACUUAAUAUAAGUAAAAGUUUAGCAAAAAGAGUUGCCAAUUUAAGUGUUCUUACUUACACACUGGACAUUAUAUUGAUUUCUGAAAAGACAUCUUUACCCGUGCUUGAUGUGGGCAAAAUAUACUUUGAAUUAAAAUUGCUACUUAAAUUCGACCUUAUUAUGGAAGCUGCUUUGCAGGUAAAAAGCCACUCUUCAUAUUGGGACCGUAGCGUGAUUAGCGAUGCAUUAGAUGAUUUAAGUGACUAUCAUUACAAUCUCACCAUCAAAGUUAUAAUAUCCUCUCAUAAAGUUAAUCCAGUAAAGGUCUGGAUUAACCAUCAAAAAAGACACAUAGAACAUCAUAAUAGUCUUUUAAAUGAGAUGAUUACUUCUAAACUUGAUUUAAGUAGAUUGAUAUUUAUAAUUAGGAGGGUGAAGUCUUUACUUUAUAAGGAAAAUGUUUAG